GUAACAUUAAGGCAUCAAAAGUAAGAAACGUAAGUGAUUCAGCUGAUGCUGCCAGUGAAAUAUCCUUGCAUGAUCCACUUUUCAAAAUGAUUCGCGAUCUUCAUAUCAAAGAUGUUGGAAAGCAAAUAUCAGAAACGCUUGGAACGCUUCGUGACGAGCGGGCAAGAUUAAAAGAAAAUCCGCCGAGUGGUUCGCUAGCGGAAAGCAAAGUUUUUGUUCGCAGAUUGCUUGACAUGCAAGGAAGUGAAAAACAUGCUGAUACUCAUACACUGAUUGCCGAACGCCUUAUGAGCUUCAUCCGUGAUGAUUUGCGGUACUCCACCUUUCCAAAGUUGGCGAUUGAUAUUGUGCAAGGAGAGUAUGGUGAUCGAGUCAUCCCGCAGAUUGAGAAUCUUAUUCUGGAAGUCUACAACCCUUUAAUUGUUUUGCGUUUCAUUAUACUUCAGUGUAUGGUUGCUGGUGGUUUCAAAAAUGCUACCAUUAGUGCGUAUGAGCGACUUUUCGUUCAGAGCUAUGGUGGAUAUUAUAUGUCACUGUGGAUAAAAUUGCAAAUAAUGGGACUUUUGUGGGAAAGGAAUGGCAAAAUAAAAGGAGAAUAUGCUCCAUUUGAUUUUCAAACAUCAUGUCACCGAAUGUCAUGUUUUGUCGAUGAAGAGCAUAGUGCAUAUGGAACGACAGCAUAUCCGUACAGUGGUUACAUACCUUUAAUUGUUCGGUACAUCGAAACAGGUCUACGAAAUAAUUGGCGGGACUGGACAACGAUUCUGAGUGGUGAUCGUUCGACAAUUGGCCAUAGCACUCAUUCCAUCAUUUUCAUUAUUGGUGGUAUCACACAAGCUGAGUUGGCAUGUCUCAGAAAAACACGUUUUUUAAAUAAAUUGCUAAUCGUUUCAAGCACGGCAGCAAUUGCGGUCCUUCCUGUCCUUCAUGCACAUUCAACGGUUUUGCAUAAUGGAAAAUUUGCAUUAUGUUUACCCGGCAAACGAAAGAAAACAGUUAACUUUCGCGAAAAAUUUUAUUUGUUGGAAAAAUGCGUGAAUGUAAAGAUGCAUGAAAAUAUAACAAGGAAAGUGGAACAGUUGAUGGCUGAUAUGACACGACAACUUAUUUCAAACGCCAGUAAUGAAGAGGAUGUUGAGGUGGAAGUGAAAAUGUUGUUUGGGAAACUUGUUGGCAGUCCAAAAAAUGCAAGUAGUCGGAAUUCCAUAAACAAAAAUCUUUGCCCGAUGCGAAGAAUUUUCGGUUGUUUUGACGCCACUGUUACAGCAACUGGCAAGUUUAAUGCGAGACUUCAUCCUAAAUUCUCAUGA